CUACCUUAAAGAAUUUAAAAGUUUAUGCUUCUUCAUAACUAUCGAGAAUGAAUACGUAGUAAGUUUCAUCAAGAUCAUCAGACUAUCGUACAUUGCUGCAGCUGGCACGAUUUCUGAUUAAAUAUUCAAUGAUUCCAAAGAGCACGAUGAAUUUAUUUGAACACUGCGUCUUACCUGCAGUAUUAUGUAUAAACAUCACGGUGACAGCUGUAUAUCAUAUUUCCGCGAUACGAAUAAUCCUUCCGUAGUGAACGAAGCUUCUUGUUCACCAUCAUCACGAUGGCGAACGAAAACAAUUACAGCGACAGUGUAAUACAUCAUGUUUGGCAAGAGCUGACCAGCGAGGAUAAGGAAUACGCGGCGACACAUUUAAACGAAACCGAUGAAAUAAGGAAGAACGCUGUCGCGGAAAUUAGAUGCUGGAUCGAAGAUGAAUUGCGCAUACGAAUCGAUGAUUUUCUUAUCUUGCGAUUCUUGAGAGUCUGCAAGUUUAACCUCAAGAAUACUAAGACCAGGAUGCGAAACUAUUAUAAGCAUCGAUCCGAUUUACCAGACUGGUACAUGAAUAAAGAUCCCUUUCGACCGGAAUUGCAAGAGAUUCUUGAUAGGGGAUUAAUUUUGCUUCUGCGAAAACCGGAUAGUCGAAGAAGAUUGGUUGUCAUCGUACGUCCUACUCAACUUGACCCGACUAUACACAAACUAUCUGACUUGAUUAAGAUAGGUGCGAUGUUGGCAGAACUAAUACUGAGGGACAACGUCGUAGCAUCUGUGUAUGGUUGCACAGUGUUCAUUGACGUGGUCAAACCAACAGUACGUCACCUAGCUUUAUGUCAACCCCAUAUCUUGAUGAAUGUUAUACACUCCUUUCAGAGCUGCUAUCCUAUAAAAAUACAAUCGAUAAAUGUUAUCAACGCGUCGAUAUUCGUCAAUACUGUUAUCAAACUUAUGAAAUCUUUCAUGAUAGAGGAGAUGAAGAACAGAUUUCAUGUCUACCGGCACAUGUUGCGGAGCUGUUUUAAGGAUGUUCCAGCUAAUAUCUUGCCAAUUGAAUAUGGUGGCACUGACGAUACAAUUCAGGAAUUAGUAGAUUAUUGGAAGAAAUUGAGCAAAGAGAAUCGCGACUGGCUUAUGAGUGCUGAGAAUGACAAAAUCGAAUAACAUUUUGGAGCAGUAGAUUUAGUACUGGCAAAAAAUAUUUACUUUUAUAACAUACUUAGAUGUAUUUAUAAUCGUAAUAUAAGUAGAAUUGCUUGUUUUAUGAAUUUUGCGAGAAAAAAUCAUCUUCCUUUCUUUUUUCUCAUAGGGUGAUUCUAUCUGUGACAUAAUUUAAGAAAACGGAUAAAAUAUAAAAUUUUUAGGAAAGAUAAUAGCUAGUUAUAUUAUUAAAUUAUAUAAAAGUGAACAAAAAAUUUUUAAUCUCUUUUAACUUCAUAAGAACUUAGUUUAUUUCUUCUAUUAUAUAUUUUUGUAGAUAUUUUUUAAUGUAUCUAUUUUAUAUGUCUGAUCAAUAUGCUAUUAUAUGUAUAAUAUAGGGAGAGAUGGGGAUCCUUCGUACGCUUUUGAAAGUUUUGCUUCCCAAACUGUGUUAAAUGUAUUUACACUACUUAAGUUUGUACCAAUAAAUAGUAUAAAUAUCCAGCUACAAUAAAAACAUGCAAUUAAAAUAAUAAAUUAAUAUAUAACUGAA